AGAGCAUUGAUAUAACUUGGUGGAAUAGUUAGCAUUUGGCAAGAAAAAAUCGCAGCAAUAAAUUAGACAUUAAUGCACACGAUCACAAUUGAUACAACACAAGCUUCUGAAAUAUCAACAACAAGUUUCUCCGACUCUUCACUCAAACAACAAUCUCACACACUUUGAACUGAAAUCAGUGAAUGGACGAAAAACCAACUAUGAUAAUUCGAAGUCACAAUAAUAAUCAUCAACUCUGGUUUGCAAUUCUAAUUUCCUUUCUCUUUUGCACUUUACUUAUAUGCUUUGAUUAUUCCAAAACAUUUCAUACUCCCAACAACAAUCUCCUCACUUUCUCACUCAACAAACAACAAAACACAGAUUCAUGCACUAACCGUUAUGUUUACAUUCACAAUCUCCCUUCUCGUUUCAACCAUUUUUUGCUUCAAAAUUGUCACUUUCUCACUAGAGGAACCGACAAAACCAACAUGUGUCCAUACAUCAACAACAUGGGUUUAGGUCCCGAGAUUAAAAAUCAUAACUUUGAAGGAAAAAAUGAUAAUGUUCUUGUCCCAAACAAUACUUGGUAUGCUACUAACCAGUUUUUAUUGGAGGUUAUUUUUCACAAUAGGAUGAAAAAUUAUGAAUGUUUGACCAAUGAUUCAUCCUUAGCUUCUGCUAUUUUUGUUCCUUCUUAUAUUGGUCUUGAUGUUAGUCGUUUCCUUUGGGUUUCUAAUCUUACAGUCAGAGAUUCAUCUGGUUUUGAACUUGUUAAAUGGCUUGUGGAAAAACCUGAAUGGAAGAGAAUGUUUGGUAGAGAUCAUUUUAUUGUUUCUGGAAGAAUUUCUUGGGAUUUUAGAAGACAAUUUGAUGAUUUGGCUUAUUGGGGUAGCAAGUUUAGGUUUUUACCUGAAUCUAUGAACAUGUCAAUGUUAGCAGUUGAAGGUAGUUCAUGGAAAAAUGAUUAUGCAAUACCUUAUCCAACUUCAUUUCAUCCUUCAAUGGAUAAUGAUGUUUACCAAUGGCAGAACAAAAUCAGACAUCAAAAAAGGGAAUUUUUGUUUACUUUCACAGGAGCACCAAGGCCUGAACUUGAAGAUUCUAUGAGGGGGAAAAUCAUUCAACAUUGUAGAGGUUCAAGUGUUUGCAAAUUCAUUGAUUGUAGUUAUGGUGUUGAGAACUGUGACAAUCCCGUUAAUGUUAUGAAAGUGUUUGAAAAUUCUGUGUUCUCUUUGCAGCCUCCUGGUGAUUCAUACACAAGAAGAUCGAUUUUUGAUUCCAUUUUGGCAGGUUGUAUUCCUGUUUUCUUUCAUCCGGGUACGGCUUAUUCCCAAUAUCGAUGGCAUUUACCAAAAAACAGAACUAAGUAUUCUGUUUAUAUACCUGUGAAGGAUGUGAAAAAAUGGAAUGUUGAUAUUGAGAAAGUGUUGUUGGGAAUUCCAGAGAAUGAAGUGAUUGCAAUGAGAGAGGAGGUUAUAAAGCUUGUUCCAAAAAUAGUUUAUGCAGAUCCUAAUACUAAGUUAGAUAAAUUUGAAGAUGCAUUUGAUUUAGCACUAAAAGGGAUACUUGAAAGGAUAGAGAAUGUAAGGGAAGCAAUGAGGGAAGGAAGAGAUCCUAGUGUUGGUUUUGCAGAUGAAGAUCAUUAUAAGUAUACAUUUUCUGGUGAGAAAUAUUAGAUAGUGUAUAUCCAUUCAUAAUAUUAGUUUAUGAUGAUAAUAUAUUAAUAGAACAACAGAAUUCAUUGUUACAAUUUAACAUAUUUACUUGAGGGAAUUCUCAAGUGACUCUCAGUAAUUUUAUUUUGCUAUUCUUCA